UAAAAGUAUAAACCCUAUAGAAAUUGCACUCCGCAGUUGUCUGCUUGUAUUAAUUUUUUAUCUAAUCGGCACACAUUGUUUUAUCGUUGGCAGUAAAAAUCGAAAUUAUUAUUCAGUCAAUUAUAACAUGCGAAGAAUUCGAGCCUGCGCACAGACUUUGGUUUGGCAUACAUAUACAUCCCCAAUCCCCAUCAGCCAAUUGGAAUCGCCGAAUGCGCCUGCCCUUCGUUCUACAGCCGGUAGCCGCACGAGAAGGUCACGUUACACCUAGCCAUAGUAGCCGGCGCAUUGCGAGCAGGCCAUCGCAACUUUGUGUACACAUUAGUUCUUUCAGUUAUUGCAUGUCCUUAUCACGAUACUUCUCGAGUAUCGUCGCGGUAUAUCCGCUGUGAAACUUUACAAACGCAUCGUGUGUAGAUUAGAAUAUUUGUUUGUCGAGAGACCAAGAAUUAGCAAGUAAUUCAAAAUGUCGAGCGAACAAUUAAUUAUUUCCAGAGUCAAAUCGUACUUGUACGAAAAUCAAGAACUCUACAUUGACAUAACCGAGAUGGCAGAUACCCUUCAAAGAAAAUACAGGGAUUACAAAGGGAAAAAACGAGGUCCUUUCAGAGCACUGGUACGUCGUGCUUAUGAUGAAAUAACGGAAAACUUGGCCAAAACUCAAAAUUCACAAGACCCUUGGACUGAUGACAAUGAGAUUGAAAUUGAGUCGGACAACCAAGCUGAUACAGUGCCGUCUGAAUAUUUACAAUGCUACAAACGUAAAGGACCAGAUCAUCAAAAUGGAAACUCAAGUGAUAAAGAAUUAAUUGAUAUUAGCAGCGAUGAUGACCAAGACAAAAAUACAUCAACAGUAGUUAAUAAAUCUAGCGACAUUCUGUCACAAGGUGCACAACCAGCAAAGAAAGCACGACUGUCCCCUAGUGUCAGCAAUGCAUCUUUAAAUAACAGAUUAAAUGUACCAUGGCCAGAUAUAACGAUACAUAAGACUACAAAUGUGCCUCCAGUGAAAUCAAAUCAGUCAAAUCAACUGAAUCCCUGGCAUCAGUCAAGUCAGUCAAGUCAUGCAAGUCAUGCAAGUCAUUCAAGUCAUUCAAAUCAAGUGAAUGAAGUAAAUCAGUUUAAUCAAUUAAAUCAGCAAAAACUUUCUAAUAAUUCAUCCCAGUCACAUCAGUCAGGAAAACUGAAAAAAAAGCUCAAAGAUAAAGAUACAGAAAGUACUAUUCAAGAUGUCAUAAUAAGUAAAAAGGAAAAACAAGCACCUGUUACUGUUCCUAAAGUUGAUUUUUCAGAUAUUGGAGGUAACAGUAAAAUUUUAGAAAAUAUUGUAAAAUUAAUGAUACAUGUGAAGCAACCAGAAACAUAUGCAAAGUUGAAAAUAACUCCUCCUAGAGGGUGUCUAUUACAUGGUCCACCAGGUUGUGGCAAAUCUUUAUUAGUUAGUGCUAUUGCUGGGGAAUUUAAUAUACCAUUAUUAAAAGUAGCAGCACCUGAACUAAUUAGAGGUAUAUCUGGAGAAAGUGAAACAAGAAUUAGAGAAUUAUUUGAACAAGCAGCUAGUAUUGCACCAUGUAUUCUAUUUUUUGAUGAAAUUGAUGCAAUUGCUCCUCAACGUGCAGUAGCUCAACGAGCAAUGGAAAGCAGAAUAGUUACCCAAUUACAGAUUUGUAUGGAUAAUCUUAGUCCAAGAGUUCUAGUUUUUGGAGCAACUAAUCGUCUUGAUGCUAUCGAUCCAGCUUUAAGAAGAUCUGGUCGGUUUGAUAAAGAAAUAUCCUUAGGUAUUCCAAAUAAAGAAGCAAGAGAAGCUAUUCUAAAAAUUCACACAUCUGGCGUUAAAAUUUCACCAAAAGUUAGUUUAAAAACACUUGCUUUAUUAACUCCGGGAUUUGUUGGAGCUGAUCUAGUAGCUUUUAUCAGAGAAGCUGCUGUAAAUUGUGUUUAUAGAAUGUUUUACGAUUUAAAAAGACAACAAAAUAAAGAUGUACCUAGACCUACUCCAAUGCAAGUUGAAAAAGAUUCAGAUAUAGAUAUUGCUGAUGUUAUUAUUGAUGAUGAUAUCAUUGUAGAACCAGCUACUUCUAGUUCAUCAUCAACUCACAAAGCAGAUAAAUUAACUGCAAGCUCUUCAGAACAAUCAAAAAUUAGCAAUGACUCUGAACAGUUGAAUGUAUCUUUAAAAUCUGUUGAAGAACUGUCACCAAAACCAACCCCUGGUACUUCUGCAGUAGAAAUGGAAUCUACUGCAACUGAAUCAACUCCAAAUACUUCUUCAGCAGACAAUAAACCUAUGGAAGUUACUAGUAUUUCUGCUUCAGAAACCAAAGCUAUAGAAACUCUUAACACUCCUGAUGUGGAAACUAAAUCUGCCGAAGCUUCAACCACUUCUGCUGCAGAAAUCAAGUCCACAGAAACUUCUAAACCUUCUGAAGAAGAAAUCAAAACUACUGAAGAUCCUUGUUCAUCUGUUGCAGAAGCUAAAUCAUCAGAAGGUGGAAUUUCUGUAGCAAAAACUACAAUUACUGAUGUUCCUAGUACCUCUGCAGCAGAAAUUGAAUCAGCAGAAGUUGCUAGUACUUCUGCAGCAGAAAUUAAAAAAAAAGAAGUUACUAAUACUUCUGCAGCAGAAACUAAAAAAACAGAAAUUGCUAGUACUUCUGAGAUUGAAACGAAAUCAACAGAAGGAGCUAUUACUUCUGUAGAUGAAAAUAAAUCAACAGAAGUAGCUAGUACUUCUGCAGCUGAAACCAUAGAUAUUGAAGCUCCAAGUACUUCUAAUGCGGUAAUUAAAUCAACAGAAGUUGCUGAAACUCAGUUAACGGAAAUUGCUGAAACACAAUAUGAAACUGCUAACGAAAUAGAAUCCAAUACAAUGAUCAAUGAAGUUGAAAUGCGAUCUCCUAUUGAAGAACCUCCCUUAAAAAUUGAAUCCCCCAAUAAAUUUAAAGAUAUUUUAUCUUGGUUACGUAAUGAUUCAUUACUCACACCUGAGCAGCUUGAAUUACUAACUAUUGAAGAACAAGAUUUUGAAUUAGCUUUAAAAGAUGUACAGCCCUCAGCUAAGAGGGAAGGUUUUGCCACUGUACCAGAUGUAACAUGGGAUGAUAUAGGUUCCCUGCAACAUAUCCGUGAAGACUUACAAAUGGCAAUAUUGGCACCAGUUAAAUUGUCUGAUGAUUUUGAUAAUCUUGGAUUAGAAGCUUCAACUGGAGUUUUAUUAUGUGGUCCUCCUGGUUGUGGAAAAACUUUGUUAGCAAAAGCUAUUGCCAAUGAAGCUGGCAUCAAUUUCAUAUCAGUAAAGGGACCUGAACUACUCAAUAUGUACGUUGGGGAGAGCGAAAGAGCCGUUAGACAAUGUUUUCUAAGAGCUCGAAAUUCGGCACCUUGUGUCAUAUUUUUUGACGAACUCGAUGCUUUGUGUCCUAAACGUUCCGAAGGUGACAACUCGGCUUCAUCUCGUGUAGUUAAUCAGUUACUAACUGAAAUGGAUGGCGUCGAAGGUCGUAAGAACGUCUUUAUAUUGGCAGCCAGUAACAGACCAGAUAUAAUUGAUCCAGCUGUUCUUCGUCCUGGUAGACUUGGUAAAAUUUUAUACGUUGGUCUUCCUAAUCCUAACGAUCGAGUAGACAUACUUACUGCAUUGACAAAAAAUGGAACAAAACCAAAACUUGCUGCCGAUGUAGAUCUCAAAGCUUUAGCUGAGCGCUGUGCUGGUUACACAGGUGCUGAUUUAGCGGCAUUUGUUCAUGAAGCUGGCGUUGAGAAAGUGCGCGAAAUCAUGCGAGGUGCUUUUGGACCAACUGAAGUCUGUGCUAGGCACUUUGAAGCUGCAUUUGCUAAAAUUAAACCUUCUGUGACAGAAAAGGAUAUUAAACACUAUGAAAAGUUACGAUUACGUUAUGCAGCUAAAACAACAGACACAACAGAUGUACAGAUGAAAUUAGAAAUACCAGAAGCAGAGAUGGAAGCAAUGGAAACAUAAAUAUUUUCCAUGAUGAAGAGUUCAAAAUUAAUAAAAUUUUGAUCAUAGAUCUACCCAAAGUUAGUAUUGACUUAUGCCGUUCUACUCUUGACGAGAAAUUUUUGAUUCGUUAUAUUUUUUUAUUUCUUUUGAUUAAUGGGUUUUAUAUCCUGUGAAUGAAAAGUGAUCUGUGUUAGAUUAAGUUAAAUUUGCAAUAAAUCUUUCAUGUUUAUCAACUCAAAUACUUAAAGUUUGCUAUAACUUAAUUUCAAGGUAUUUCAGUUGUAAGUACAAUUACCUUUUAAGUUCAUCUUAGCAAUUUAUUCAAUUAAUGCUAUAUUAUAUUAUUUAAUGUAAAGCCUCUUUUCUGAUAAAAAUUGUGAGAAAUUCAAUGUAAUUUCAAUACAUUCUAAAAACACUGUACUCAUGAAUUCAGAACGUUACGGAAAAAGGUAAUAAAAUUGUUAAAACGACCAUAAA